AAAUCCCGCAGCAGCACUCAACGGCAUACAGAGUCCGGCCACGGUACGGUGUCGGAUAUCGUUUCUGUCUAUCUCGUUCAAUACGAGAUAGACAGAAACGACUGUUUCUGUCUAUCAUUUGGACCAGUUAGGCGCACCUGAUGCUGGCUAGAUGUGACCCCACCGGCCCGGACGUCGGACUUUGGUGUCGGUAACGCCCCCAUUCAGUCGAUCCGUGCUUGAUGACCGUCCGGUAAGCAUUGGACUGUUCUGGAACUGAGCCGGUCGAUACCGGUUGGCAACCGUCCCGGACAAUAACAUCGGCAGACAGCUGACGCCUGAGCAGGCCAGGAGACCUACAGUGGCGGUCAUAUAAGACGGCGCGAGCCGGGUCCAUCUCAGUCUAGUCGCCGCUGCAGGGAGCUGAGAGCACUGGCUGCAAUCCUUCGGAGGUCCCACUAACGCCGGCGCCAUGGGAAAGAGGGGUCUGCUGGAGCGUCUGGACGCCGGAGAGGUGGUGAUCGGCGAUGGCGGCUUUGUGUUCGAGAUGGAGAAGCGCGGAUACGUCAAGGCGGGCCCGUGGACACCGGAGGUUGUCGUUGAACAUCCUGAGGCCGUCAGGGGGCUGCACCGCGAGUUCCUGCGCGCCGGCUCAGAUGUCAUGCAGGCGUUCACGUUCUACGCGUCCGACGACAAGCUGAGCCACCGCGGCAACGAGGCGGGCUCAAAGUUCACAUGUCGGCAGAUAAAUGACGCCGCCUGCCGGCUGGCGCACGAGGUGGCCGCCGAGGGGGACGCCCUGGUGGCCGGCGGCAUCUCCCAGACACCCUCCUACCUCCACGGCCUCGGAAAGAAGAUCACCCAGGAGGAGUUCAAGAGACAGGUGGACGUCUUCGUAGAGAACAAAGCCGACUUCUUAAUCGCUGAGUACUUUGAACAUAUUGAAGAGAUGGAGUGGGCCAUCGAGUCUCUGGCGAGCAGCGGCCUGCCCGUGUGCGCCACCAUGUGUAUCGGUCCAGAGGGCGACCUGCACGGCGUCUCGGCUGGCCAGUGCGCCGUGCGCAUGGCGCGCGCCGGAGCGCACGCCGUCGGCGUCAACUGCCACUUUGACCCGUUCGUCUCGCUGGAGGCCGUGCGGCUGAUGAAGGAGGCGCUGGCAGAGGCCGGACUGAAGGCGCACCUGAUGGUCCAGCCGCUGGCGUUGUGGACGCCCGACGUCAAGAAACAGGGAUUCAUCGACCAGCCAGAGUUCCCGUUCGCGCUGGAGCCGCGCAUCCUGACGCGCUGGGAGAUGCACCGCUACGCGCGCGAGGCUUACGACCUGGGCGUGCGCUACAUCGGCGGCUGCUGCAUGUUCCAGUCGUACCACAUCCGGGCCGUGGCCGAGGAACUGCGCGAGGAGCGCGGCAAGCUGCCGGCCGCCCACCAGAAGCACGAGCUGUGGGGCGGCGGCCUGCUGCUGCACACCAAGCCGUGGGUGCGCGCGCGCGCCAGCAAGGAGUACUGGUCGCAGCUGAGUCCGGCCACCGGCCGGCCGUACUCGGCGGCCCUGUCUCGGCCGGAGGGCGGUAAGAUGUGAGGGGCGCCGACUGGGGGAGCCGAGGGUCCUGGGCUGCGGACGACAGUACCCGGUCUUCACCAGGGCAGGCUGUGGCCUCACUGUCCAUGGCUUUGGUGUAAUGGGGUGGGGGUUAUGUCAACGAUGACAACGUUCGAAUAGGUCACGACGUGACUGAUUGCUGAUAUCUAAUGACUGACAUUCAGUCGGGUUUGCGUCUCUGUUUAAGACCAGUAGUCUCGGGUAUAGAGACGUUUGCGUUGCGACCGUUGUUGCACUGUUAUCUUCGUAUAUGCUACCCAAUAAACCGGCUACCUAAAAUGGAAGGGUCAAGGGUUUGUCA